CGAUACUCAUAUCAACGUGAAGCGGUCUUUUACACUGAUCGAGACAGAGAGCAUGCAGCAAUCGGACCAAACAAAUAAGAUAAUAUAUGAAUGCAAUUAAGACAUAUAUAUAGAUAUAUAAAUCAAGUGAGAAAUAUGUGUGAUAUAGCCGUUGCACCCGAUCAGCGCAACGUUGAAAUCAAGGCGCGCAUACCCGGCGGCCCAUCUGAAUUUGAACGACGUCUGGCCAUUGCCCGUCAGCUAACAAACUCCGAUGGCGAGUUGAUUAUCCAACGCGAUGUCUUCUUCAAUUCACCAAAGGGUGGUCGAUUGAAGCUGCGCUAUUUAGAGCCUCCGGCACGUUCCCAGCUGGUCUACUAUGACAGACCCGACGUAGCCGGUCCGAAGCUCUCCAAGUAUAACAAAAUCGAUGUAGACGAACCGUCCGUGCUGGAAAAGAUGCUUGGCCAAUCGAACGGUGCACUGGGCGUGCUGGCCAAACGGCGACUGCUCUUUCUACAUGAACAAACUCGCAUACAUAUGGAUGAUGUGCAGGAUCUGGGCCAUUUUAUGGAAUUCGAAGUGUGCCUGCGACCCGAACAGACCCUGCAACAAGGCCAAGCCAUUGCCGAGCAGCUGAGCCGCACAUUCGAUAUUGCUGCAGAUGAUUUAAUGACGGGUUCUUAUUUCGAUGCAUUGAACAAGGGCGGUGAUUCAUAAACUAGAAUCUCUGCUAUAUAGGCUUUUGCUUGCCCUUUUUCUGUCAAUAUCUUUAGAUCUGAACCUCUGGGAUUUUAUAAAUAUUCAAAUAGAUAU